AUGGAAAAUCAGUAUAAAUACCAAACGGAUGACAGGAUUCGUCAGCAACACGCUAAAGUCCAGGAGGUUGUUGGCAUAAUGAAGGAUAAUGUUAACCGUGUAUUGGAACGGGAAAGUCGUUUGGCAGAAAUCGACACUCGAGCUGAUGAAUUACAAGUGCAAUCAAAACAGUUUCAAGCAGUUGCAGGCCGUGUACGAAGAAAAUACUUUUGGCAAAAUAUGAAGAUGUGGAUUAUUAUUGGAUCAUUGGCUGUUGUGAUUCUUGUGAUUAUCAUAGUAUGGUCGGUUUCCAACAGAAAAACUUAA